UGAAACGUCAAAAUUAGCUGUGCUUUUAAAAAAUCUUACUAGCCCCUGGGCUACUCAAAAAUUAUUCAUUACACUAAACGUCAUAUUUGCCUAGAGUGAACCCUGGAUAGAAAUGCUCAUCAAAUGACGUGUGUGUUUUGUUCUCAUUAGUUGUGAAAGGUGACAUUUUGUUCCCUUAUCACCUUUCAGCUUUUCCCUCUCAUCCACAAAAUCAAGUUGCAUUGCCUUUGUUUUGAAAGGUGAAAAACGUGAAAAUAAAUUAAUAAAAACCGAAGAAAGGAAAGUGAAAUUGUUUGAAUUACCCCCUACCGAGAAAGUGUUUAUAUAUUUUGCUAGCUUCAUGAACCAAAUCUAAUAAAUAGACUAUAAACGAAGCUCCACAAAGUAUAGCUGAUGCCUCGUAUUAUGCUAAACAAAUAAAUACAUUUACAAGUCGCAGCAAAAAAUGCCUGACAAUCCAGCAGCUCCUAAGUCAUUCCCAUAUCCACCUAUUUGGAAAGAUGAGGCUCGAGUACAAGUUUUGCUGGCACCUUUUAGAGAGCGGGAUGUAAAUCCGGAAAACUACGACUCAAAAAUGAAGUUCUGGAAGGACAUUAUAGUAGAAUAUUGUUUAUUUAGAGGUAAAACGUAUUUUUGCAAGCAGGAACUGCAGCAGACGUUUGCAUUGGGGAGAAAUAGAAUUCCCGCGUGUUUGGAUACCGUAUUUGAUGAAUUGACAAGGCUAGGACUAAUUCGUUCACGUAACGAUUAUGAAAGUGACCCCCUCAACAGUUGGUCCGGUUGGGCCGUCAACAAAUUUUGGAGAACGCCGCUUAAUAAGGUGAAAAACGUAUUUUUAGCAUCCUCCCUCGUUGAGAAAGAUCUGGAAGAAUUUGUUCAUUUGGAAGUUAUAAAAAAAUAUUGCAGCGAUUUGCAAGUGUUGUUCGAAAAACCACCUUAUCCGGGGACUUUGCACCACUAUGGAGAACUUAAAGACAGAGUUGCUGCAGUCAUUAACUUGUCCGAAGGUUCAUUUCAUAUGUGUCUAGAGACUUUAAAUGUUUUACAAAAAAUAGGUUUGAGUCGUACCGAGGGCACUGAUGGAAGCAAUCUCACCAUACAUUUGGUGAAGAUACCAUCGAAAUCAGAAUCUGCAAUAAUAAUUACGGAAAGUGACCAUGCAAUUCAUAAUCUGCUGGUCACCAAACAGGUUCUCCUCAAGCAGCUUGAGAGUAUAGAAAAAGAGAUUUUGGAAAACGAGGAAAAAGCUCGACUCUAUGUAAGAGACAAUAAACGAAUGUUGGCAAAAACCUAUCUUCGCAAAAAACAUUUGCUUGAGAAAAAUCAUGAAAAGCGAAGCAAUGCCUUACACAACAUUGAAGUGCUUAUUUCGAAUGUGGAUGAUGCUAAAAGCAAUGGAAUUGUUUUGGAAGCAUAUAAAUACGGUUCGAAGGCUUUGCAAGAUGCUCUGACAAAGUCAAAUCUCACUUUUGACAACGUAGAGGAAGUUGUUUCGGAUGUACGUGAAACUGUUGAAAUGAGUAAUGAAUUGCAAGAUUCCUUGGGAAACAUUAAAUUUAACGAAUCGACAUCCAUCGAUGAUAACGAUGAUGAACUUGAGCGUGAACUAAGAGAACUUCUUGGUCAGCCGUCAGAGAUGGCUUCCCCAAAAGCAAAGAAUGAAGGCAACAAUAACUAUAUGACAGAUGGACAAGUAUCCCAUAAAGUUGAGAUAAGUGAUGCUGAAUUAAUUGCCAUGUUGGACGCAUUAGAUGUCGAAAACAGCUCUCCCUCUCACGAUGCAUCGUCUACUACUACUAACGUUUACAGGGAGCAUGCUAAUUAGUUGACUUUAAUACUUACUAUGCCAUAUUUAAAAUAUAUAUAUAUUUUUUUUUUAAUAAAACCGCUUGAGUUUUUUUUAUAAA